CUCGCGGCCGGCAGGCGGGCUCGCGGCUCAGAAGCUUCCUGGGGGCUUACAACGAGAGCCGCUGCGCCGCCCGGCUGGGCGAUCGCCAUGCGCAUGCGCGGCCCCAGCGCCAUUUUGGUGGCCGGGCGCGGAGGUGAAUCCACUGUGAGAAGAGAGCGGCAGCGGCGGCGCGGCUCCUCGGCUCUGGUCUGAAUCGCUGAGGGAGGAGGAGGCGGCGGAGGAGGUGGCGGCGGCGGCGGCGGUCGUGGCGGUGGCGGAGGCGGGGGGUGUGAAACGGCUGCGGGAGGAGACAUGGCCAACAUUGCGGUGCAGCGAAUCAAGCGAGAGUUCAAGGAGGUGCUGAAGAGCGAAGAGACGAGCAAAAAUCAAAUUAAAGUAGAUCUUGUAGAUGAAAACUUUACAGAAUUAAGAGGAGAAAUAGCGGGACCGCCAGACACACCUUAUGAAGGAGGAAGAUACCAACUAGAGAUAAAAAUACCAGAAACAUAUCCAUUUAAUCCCCCUAAGGUGCGGUUUAUUACUAAAAUUUGGCAUCCUAAUAUUAGUUCUGUCACUGGGGCCAUUUGUUUGGAUAUCCUGAAAGAUCAGUGGGCUGCAGCAAUGACUCUAAGGACAGUAUUGCUCUCCUUACAAGCAUUAUUGGCAGCUGCAGAACCAGAUGAUCCACAAGAUGCAGUAGUAGCAAAUCAGUACAAACAAAAUCCGGAAAUGUUCAAACAGACAGCUCGACUUUGGGCACAUGUGUAUGCUGGAGCACCAGUUUCUAGUCCAGAAUACACCAAAAAAAUAGAAAACCUAUGUGCUAUGGGCUUUGAUAGGAAUGCAGUAAUAGUGGCCUUGUCUUCAAAAUCAUGGGAUGUAGAGACUGCAACAGAAUUGCUUCUGAGUAACUGAGGCAUAGAGAGAAAGCUGCUGCUAUAGUCCAGUCCAGUUUGCCCCCUUCUUGAGGAGCAUCACCAUCUGUUAUUUUUAGAAUUCUGCAUAGAUUCUUUUAAAACUGGCAUUCUUGCCUAAUUAUUAUCUAGGCAUGAUUGAAGACUGAGGAAAAAAAAAAAAACCCUGCUCUGUAAAUAAAGCUAAUUAAACGCCUGUGUAAAUUUAAAAAGGGGAAAUACUUUAAUUUUUUUUCUUACUAAAUAGUGUAAAAAUUCUUUGAGCUCAGCUAAGACUAUGGAAAAACAAAACAUGCUAACUUUAGCAUUUAGCAGUGUGACCAAGACUAGCAAGAGUUUGCUUCAGGAUUUUGUUGAAUAAUUAUUUAAGUAAUAUUUUGAACGUGUUAAGGCCAUCCAAAUUGUUGAUGUCAUUCAUCACAGCUACCUUAAUGUUUUUAACAUUGAUCUUCUGUGCCUGUGAAUUUACUUGCAUGCGUGUACUUUGCUAGACCUUUUAGAACCUGGUAGCUGAAGAGAGCACCAUUUUAAAUAUUUGUGUGCUUAGAAAACUAAAGACUUACCCAAAGUUGAAAAUGGUGAACUAUUCAGAACCGUUUCCAUUCCCAUCAUUGGAUUGGGACACCACAUGUACUUUCUCUUCAUUUGACAUAUUCUAAUGAUAAAUUUAUUUUUCCCUUGUUUCUGGUUGAUAAUGUGCCAUUUAUAGUAGCUUAUGUUCCCUUUUCAGAUGACAUAUGGAAUAUUUUGUCAUUACACUUAAAAUACAGUCUUGGAACUUUCAUGUAUUAGAGGUGGUACAAAAAUGGGGCUAUUGAUUUUAUUUCUUCUGAGACCAGUACAUUCUUAAUGUUGUGAUUUCCCUGUAAUUAUGGGAAAAACAUAACCUAAUUUUCGCUGUUUGGACACUUUUUAAAAACUGUCUCAGCAGUUGAAGAUUUCCUUUGAGUACUUGCUUUGAUGCAAUCAACAGUUUGCAACAGUUUUCUAUUAUUUUUGGGCUUUAUUGUAGGGAUUGCUUAUCAGGUACUUAAAAUUUCACUUUUGCUUACAUUUUCCCCAUGUUGACACAUGGAAGCCGUGUUAAUGUUUUCCUGUACAUACUUCAAAUGCACAUAGAAAGAAAAUAGAAGUGUGUUAUAAACCUAGCUUUCUUUAUGAUGUUUCUGAUAAUACCAGAAUUGAAAAUCUUACUUUCUUGUGUACAUACAGUCUCAGACUUUCUAUUCGUAUUAAAAUGACAUUUCAUCCUGAAUUCAAAAGUUUGAAAAUUAUUAGUUUUGCAAAUUCAGAUAUCAUUGUGACCAUUUAUUGAAUGUUGAAUUAACUUCAUGCAGACAGGCAUAUGCUUUAAAUAUAAUAAUUGUAUGAAAUUUUCAGGGUAGAUGAAGAAAGCAAAGUUGGCAGACUGAAUUAGGUCUAUGUCGUAUUCAAAGCUUCCAUUCCCUAACAGAUUAUUAUCCUAAGCCAGAAAAGUUUUUAAAAGAUGCAGACAUCAAUUGUUUUUGAACCAUGAGUUUGGUGUUCAUAUUUGACUUUUUUGUAUUCUUGAUACUGGAAGCAAUAAGAACCAUUAUUAAAUAUGUUACAAGGUUAGAAUAAGAAAUUAAAGGGAACCAGUUCUUCCAAAACCUUUUAGAAUUCCCUAAUCAAUAGCAAACUUUUAGUUCAUAAUAAACACAAAUCUCAGUUUUUUCUAUACUGUUUGGUUAAGCCUGGGAUUUUUCCUACAAUUACCUUUCCUUGUUGUAGCCCAAUUAUUUUCUGAUGAUGCCAAAGGAAAUGAUUUUUUUUUCUUAAUUUGUUUUAAACAAUUAAGGACUUUUAAUUUGUAUUUUGAGGUAUUAGAGUAAUAUAGAUUUAUGGAUGUUUUCCCCUCAUUUUCUCUUGGUCAAAUCUCAAUUGUCUUUUAUGUUAGACAACUUUAGUCCUAGGAUAUGUGGUGAACAUGCUUUUUAAAAAAAAUCCAAUUAAAAUAUAUCUGUCCAGUUUACCAUUUCUAAAUAUUACCAGGGUAUAAAAAUUGUGAGUUUUUGUCAGAUUAAUUAAAGAGAAAACUGGGAGAUUGUUAAACAACAAGGAUUACAUGCCUUCAUUUUUUGAAGACAGAUGAAUCUUGCCUUUGAUUACUUUUGCCUCAAAUGGAUCCCAUUCAGUAAGUACAUUUCAGACACUAUGUAUCUCAAGGCUGCACAGAGAAUCUGAAUCUGAGGGUGUGAUCAUGCUUGGUACUGAGGAAUUUUUCUAUAAGGGGGUCCUCAUGCCUAAAAUUUAAUUUACCUUACACCUUUUAAAGACUGCAAUAGUUCCUCUUUAUUCUUCCCUCAUAGUUUGUUUUUGUUGUGUAUUUAUAUAUAUAUAUAUACAUACACAUAUAUAUGUCUAUAUAGAUAUAAAAUUGACUUCUUCCUUAUUGCAAAAUUUAAUAACAGAUAAAAUGUCUUGUUCUUUAUCUUUUUAUUUGAAAGACUAACAAGGACACUUUUAAGAAUGCCAAUUGGGUAACAAAAAGGUGCCCGGGUGGAAAAUAGUUUCCUAAUUGCAUUUUUUGGUUAUUUGAUAUUUUUAAAGGUUUACAAAGUAGAAACUCAAAACAAAUGUAUUUGGUGCAGAGUUACUAGAGAAAGCUGACAUUCCAACCAAAUAGGUUUUAUUAUUGUUAAGUAGAGAUUUUGUGGAACAUGCCUGACUUUUAGUAGAAUAGUCAAUGGUGCGGUAUUCAUUCGCUUCAAUUUUUUUCUUUAAUGACUGGAAAACAGUAUAUGACAGAAGAAUUAGUGCAGUAUGUAAAUAUUUAAAAGAAUCUGGUACUAAAUUAGCUGCUAAGAGUUGACUCCCAAAGAUGCUUACCAUUGUUCAGUUAAACACAUACAACUUCCAAGAAUAGAUGAACUUCAGUAUAGUUGGCUAGGGAGUCCCUUGGCAUUUUGCUUUUGUGAGGAAAACUUUGAAUAUAAAAUAAGAUCGAUUUUGAAGCAUAUCAUAUUGGCAGUUAAUGUAGAUGUUGGCUAUACUUAAAAACUAUGCAAAGUUCUUUUUAAAAAAAAAAACUGUGAAGAGCUGGCAUUUAAAGGGGAAGUGGUUUUGUUUAUGCACUACAGAAUGGAGCACCUUGUAGUGGAUGAGAGACAUUUGCUGCUUAAUGUGAAAAGCAAACCUUUGCUGUCAUUGUGUACCUGAUAUAGGGCUUUUAAAAACGCAAUAGGAAAUUGACACUAUUCCUAGAGAAGUAGAUAAUACCUCUUUUGUGGGGGGCAAAGUGUAGAAAUUAAAUACAGUCCUCUUUAAAUUUAAUUAGACCAGAAAAAUUGGAUCCAGGUAUACCUUCUUUGUGUAUAUAGGUUACAUAAGGUGGCAGCAGUGUUUUAAAAGAACAAAAGGAUGCCAUUGUUCACAGUUGAAUUUAAAUUCAUGGAAUUCCUGUGAAAAUGUUUAGUCUUAAUAGCUCUUUUCUAGUUUUAGGAAUUUCAACUUUAGUGUACAAAUUACUUAAUUUAAAAAUUUUGCCUUUUCAGGUUUUUAGCAUUAAUUUAAAAUAAAUGCUUAAUGUCAGGCAAUGACUUUGGGGAAGAAGGCAACCUGAAGUAUGUACUUGAUAUAUAGCCUCUUUUUCCAGGUAUGAUUUUUCUGUGAUGUCUACAUGGUACCACAUGAGGAUAUUUUCAGAGUUACAAAAUGGAUCAGAAACCUUUAAAAAUUAAGCUAGUUUUACCCGUUUUUAUUGUUUAUUCUUUGUUAGUCUGACCUACCAUUACAA